CUGCAAUGAUUUCUCAUGACCCCGUACCCCUCAGCAACAAUUUUUAAUCAGUUAUUAAUUCUUUUGAGAGGGUUACAUAUCUUUGCACUUCCAUGUACAAAUUGAAUUGGCUUUUCAAGACUUUUGCAUAUACCUAAACUAACACAAAGUACCAAGCCCCCCCUCACCAUACAACUUUCUCAUGUAAACCUUUCUCCUACUACCACACUAGCUAGAAGUAUCCGAACCUCAAAUUCGAAAUGCCAAAAACUCUAGGCCAAAACCUAAACAUGUGUUUCAAAAAUAUGAUCAAUCCUCAAACCUCGCCUCCUCACGAAGAUGAUCGCUCUCAUUUCCUCAUGAAAAACUUCAACUCCCUCUACGAUCCCACCACCUCUCACGAACCCUCCUCGUCCCCUCCUGAUUUCGCCACUGCUUAUGCCUCCCAACGCUUCUUCUUCUCUUCCCCGGGCCGCUCCAACUCCAUCGUGGACUCCACUUCAUCAUUAGCAUCCACCUCUUCUUCCUCAUUAUUGCCCGAAUCCGACACUCUGAGCGGAGGCAUUCCUGUCCCCACAUUGUCACCCGAUCCAUAUCUCGAUUUCCGGAGAUCCAUGCAAGACAUGGUGGAAGCCCGUGGCUUCACAGAUGUGAAAACUAAUUGGGACAACUUGCAUGAACUUCUUAGAUGCUAUCUCUCUUUGAAUCCAAAGAGCACUCAUAAGUACAUUGUUCGAGCUUUCGCAGACUUGCUAAUUAGUCUUAUGACAACCUCGCCGCAGCCGUGAGCUACCGCGGGGUUCAAUCAUCAAUGUGGUGCAUUCAAUUAAUGCUACCUUGUAGUAAUAUCUUAUCAACAAAUUGUCAAAUUGUGUCUAUUUUUAUGAUAUUACAGAUAUUAUAUACUCAUGUACAUAAAUAUGGCAUGCCUACUUAAAUAAAUGCAGCAAGCGACAUUAUUACAACAUGCAUGUGCUGGGAUUUUUAUCUGCUUCUACUAGCCGAACUCAACUCGUUUAACUAAAUGAGCCGAGUCGAGAUCUCUUAAACGAGUUCGAACCAGCCGAGUUUUCGGUCUUCGAGUUACAGCUCGUGCAAUAAUAGUAUGUUAAUUAAUAUUGUGAUGAAUAAUAUA